AUGCGCCUUAGUUACAUCCUCGUAGUGGUGAUUGCAGUCACUCUACAGGCCUGCGUCUGUGCUAUCCCCGUCAUAAAAGAAGCCAACCAGGUCAUGCUCGCUAAUGGACCACUACCUAGCAUCGUCAAUACGGAGGGUGGGCGACUUUUGCGUGGCGUCAAGAAGCGUACAGCGGAGAGAGAAGUGCAGGAAGAGAGGAUGUCUGGCGCGAAACUCAGCGAAAAGGGGAAACAAUUCUUAAAAUGGUUUUUUCGUGGCAGCGAUACACGCGUUAAAGGCAGAAGCUGGAGAUAA